CCCGUGUCCGCCAACGCCAUGGCACCACCACCAGCCACGACGGCCCGCGCCGUCGUCAACGCCCUGCCGAGGGCGACGGCAUCUCCACAAUGUACGCGAUUCACGCGAUUGCUCUCGACGGCCCGCAUCGCGCAGGCUAAGCGACCGAGCGCACCGCGCCCCUCGAGUUUCCAGUCCCCGCCCUGCCAGCCGUUGGUGCAGCGGCGCUUCAAGUUCAAGACGGUCGAGGAGGCGAAGAGCCGGUACAGGUCAGGGCCCUUCUCGUGGAAGGCCGGUCUUCUCUUCGUCAUCACGGCCGCCGGCCUGGUGUGGUAUUUUGAGUCGGAGAAGGAGCGAAUGAGGCGGAAGAGGAUAGCCGAGUCGACCAAGGGCGUCGGCAAGCCCAAAGUCGGCGGCCCGUUCGAGCUGAUCGACCAGUACGGCAACAAGGUCUCGGAUCAGGACCUGAAGGGGCGGUACUCUCUCGUCUACUUCGGCUUCACGCACUGCCCGGACAUUUGCCCUGAGGAGCUGGACAAGAUGGCGAGGAUGUUCGAUCUGGUCGAGGCGCAGCGCCCCGGGGCCUUGACGCCCGUGUUCGUCACAUGCGACCCGGCGCGCGACGGCCCCAAGGAGCUGAAGGAGUAUCUGGUCGAGUUCCACCCCAAGUUCGUCGGCCUGACUGGCACGUACGAGCAGAUCAAGGCCAUGUGCAAGGCGUACCGUGUCUACUUCAGCACGCCGUCCGACGUGAAGCCGGGCCAAGACUACCUGGUCGACCACAGCAUUUACUUCUAUCUGAUGGAUCCCGAGGGGGACUUUGUCGAGGCGCUGGGGCGGCAGCACUCGCCUGAGCAGGGUGCCAAGGUGAUCCUGGACCACAUGAAGGACUGGAAGGGGGUCUUGAAGACUAGCUGAGGGGCUGAGGGGUUCAGUAGCAUGCCGUAUGCAUCUGCCCCGUGUGUAA